AGUUUGCUGGCUGAAUCUUGCAAAGCUGUCUCUUGGGGAAGAUUGGGUUACCUAUAUAAUGAAGUAUAUUUCCAGUUUCAUUGUGAAGAAGGAGAAAGGAUCCCGAAAGUGGAUCACGAGACCUCAGGGGAAUACCAUUGCAUCUUUGACACAGUGCCCCCUUUGAAAGGGACCGUGUACGUGAAAGUCAAGCCGCACGUGGUCGCCUACAAGAAGUCAGAGCACGGGAACGAGGGGGACAUGGGGCUGCUGACGUGCAAGAGCACUUCCUACCCUGCUGUCACCCACUGGCGUUGGUUCAAGGUGGAGGGCGAGGCCUUCCAGCUCAUCGUCAAUGGCUCCGAGGAACGGUUCUUCAUUCAAUCUGAAGGCAACAAGACAGAACUGCGGAUUGUCUCCCUAAACCUUCAGAAGGACCCGGGCAACGGCACCAACGACCUGGGCGAAGGGAGCGCUCUGGUGGGCCUGCGGGUGCGCAGCCGCCUGGCAGCCCUGUGGCCGUUCCUGGGGAUCGUGGCCGAAGUGCUAGUCCUCGUCACAAUUAUCUUCAUCUAUGAGAAGAGGAGGCAGCCCAACCAGGUCCCUGAUGAUGACGAUGGAGGUUCCGCCCCACUGAAAAGCAAUGCCACAAAUUAUCAGGACAAGAACGUGCGCCAGAGGAACGCAAAUUAAGCAGAGGACAAGGUGACAUGACAGCUAAGCAGAUCGCUUCGGUGUCCCUUCCACCCGUACUAUGUGGUAGCACCAAGAAUAUUCUAGCGCAUCGUCGCAAAGAUCAAUUCACUUCACUUUUUAAGAGAAACUUAAAAUCGUAGAGUAAAAGAUUUCUUCUUUUUUUAAAAAAGGAACAAAACCCAGUCUUUUUUUACCCAUAAGUUUUAACACUCCCCCUAUGGUUUCGUGUGGUUUUAUUUCUGGUCCUUUUUGCCACAAUUCUCACUGUUGAGCCUCGGGUGUUGGGGAGGGAACUUAGGAAAAGAAAAUCCAUGCGACGGAAGGCGUGUUUGAAGGGACAGCUAAGGUCCACCUUCCUCUCUUGGCCUCCCUGCCACCCCCGAGUCAGUGGCUUCUUUCUCUAGCUGCAAACCACAGGAGGAGCUGCCGAAAAGUGGUCCCAUUUCAACGGAGCAGUAGAGUGAGGCUUGUCUCCCAACCUUUUUUUUAAGAAUGACCCUCAAGUUUGGGAAGGACACCAUGCCCGGUGGUCAGCAACUCGUUUGGCCAGGAUAAGACGGAGGGAGCGAAAGGCAAAGGGAGAAAGCUUUGUAUCUUCUGUCACAAAAAAUCUCUUUUGACCCCUUGCAGCUUUCUCCUGUGACCCCUUUCCACCCUACAAAAAAGUACGUACAUAUAAUUGUGCCACGGAGAGGCUCAGAAGUGAGCAGCAAUUUCCUCUCCCUGUUCCCUCAAAGCUUGAAGCCAGAGCUGGGCUGGGGGGGUUGCUGACGCAUUUAAUUUCCAGCUGUGCAGUGCUCUGUCCUUUUCAUCUCUUGCUGCUGGUGGUGGCACUGUUGUGGGGCUGGCAGAUAGUGGGGGGUGUUAAAUGGCUUCUUCCACUUGCCCAGGGGUCUGCAGCGGCUAGGACCAGGACACCCCCAAGUACCUGGGCCAUUCUCAUUCAGUGGCUCUCCAGAGCCUGAAAGGAGAAGAGAUUCACGGGGCGGCCCCCUUUGUGCGGAUACUGUUGGAAAUAGUUUUGCUUGUUUCAAAACGAGCUCCAAAUAAAGCAGACUCACUUUUUUCCCCCUC